AUGGACAUCGAGAUAGAGAGAGACAGCCAGAUAAAGAGACUUAUUUUUGAAGAAGUGGUGAAGCGGGCUCCUUGUGUCACCGGGCGGGCGACGACCUGCUGGAAGGCACAUCUAGAUGGAGAUGAGUCCAGGAUGCCUCUCGUUAUCAAAGAUUCGUGGCAGUAUCCGGAGCGCGAGGAGGAGGGAGUGUUGCUGCGGGAGGUAACAGAGAAAGGAGUGAGCAAUGUGGCAAGGUACUACCACCAUGAGACAGUUUGUGUGAGGGAAAAUGACAAUGAUAUCUGCAACACUGUUCAGAGAGGCCUAGAUGUCACAAAGUCAGGGAACUACAGAACCAGCAGCUCCAGAUCAGUGUUGAGCAGAAAGGGUUCUCAUGCUGGGAGAAAGGAUGGAGGGAGCGGCGGCGUCGCCAGUCAGAAGCAUUACUCCACUUCAAUUGAUUCAUCACUGCGGCCGAGCAAACAGCAGUCAAUUUCUUCAACAAAAGCUGGUACUCACAACUCAAUGCCUAACUGGAUUCAUCGCCGUGUCGUUGUUCGGGAUUAUGGAAAACCAAUAUAUAAGGCAAGUUCGAAAGUCUCCCUGCUUGCCGCCCUGGAGGGAUGCAUUGAGGGGUACAAGGACCUAUAUAAACAGACCGGCUUGCUUCAAGGAGAUAUCUCUCCAAAUAAUCUCAUGAUCAAUGAGGAGGCAGAUAAUUUGUCAUGGAAAUCUUUCUUAAUUGAUCUUGAUCUUGCAAUCAGGGAGCAGUGGGAGGGUUUCUCAGGAAAUCAAGGAAAAACUGGAACACUAGUGUUUAUAACAAUUGAUGUUCUUUUAGCAGAUGAGAAACACACCUUUAUGCAUGCUCUUGACUCAUUUUUCUGGGUACUCUUCUGGAUAUGCAUACAUUACAAAGGGCCAGGCAAAGGCAAGGUGAUUGAAGAGUUUGAGAAAUGGAAUUUUAUGGACAUGGAGGCACUAGCAAAAGCAAAAAAAGAGGAGAUUUCUGAUGAAAGAGAUUUCCUUAUAUCAGGAGAGAAAUAUUUUACUGAGUACUAUCAACCUCUGCUACCUUGGGUUAACAAACUACAGAGAGAGGUUUUCCCUGGUGGGAGCAGAUAA